UCUUAAGCAUCUCAUACCCAUCCAAUAUCUUUGAUCUUUCCUCCAUCCCUUAAAACUCCUAGGCUGCUUAUUAUACUAUCCUUGAUACAAAAACAACAAUAUAUAUAUAUAUCACAAUAUACUAGUAUAAUAAUAUAUAUAUGGCUCUACCUGAACUACAUGUGGCAAAAACUCUACCUGAUGCCUGGGACUACAAGGGUCGUCCAGCUCACCGUGCCACCACCGGUGGCUGGAUUAGUGCCGCCAUGAUUCUAGGUGUGGAAGCAUGUGAAAGAUUAGCGACUUUGGGGAUCGCGGUGAACUUGGUGACGUAUCUAACCGGAACUAUGCAUUUUGGGAAUGCAAGUUCCGCAAAUAAUGUCACCAAUUUCUUGGGUACCUCUUUCAUGUUGUGUCUUGUUGGUGGUUUUGUUGCUGACACUUAUCUUGGCCGGUAUCUAACCAUUGCCAUAUUCGCUGCAGUUCAAGCAACAGGUGUGACAAUAUUAGCCAUUUCAACUGCCAUUCCCAGCCUUAAACCACCAAAGUGCGCACCCAAUAGCGAUAAUUGUGUCGCGGCUAACGGGAUUCAACUGACCUUUCUCUACCUCGCACUCUACUUGACCGCCUUAGGGACCGGUGGACUUAAAUCUAGCGUGUCAGGGUUCGGGUCAGACCAAUUUGAUGAGUCCGACAAGGAGGAAAAGAGUAAAAUGGUGGCUUUCUUUAACUGGUUCUUUUUUUUCAUAAGUAUCGGUUCACUUGGGGCGGUUACGGUUCUGGUAUAUAUCCAGGAUAAUAUGGGUCGUCGUUGGGGUUAUGGGAUAGUGGCUUGUGCCAUCGUUAUUGGUUUGGUGAUCUUCUUGUCGGGUACCAAAAAGUAUCGGUUCAAGAAGCUGGUGGGUAGUCCAUUAACCCAAAUCGCUUCGGUUUUUGUUGGGGCAUGGAAGAAGAGACAUAUGGAUCUUCCAUCGGAUCCUUCAUUGUUGUUCAAUGUAGAUGAUGUUGAACACGAAGCAGUUGAUAGCAAAAAAAGUAAGCAGAAGUUGCCUCAUAGCAAACAAUUCCGUUUCCUAGACAAGGCAGCAAUUAAAGAUAGUAGUGAAAGAUCGUUUGAAUCAAUGGUAAUGGUUGAUAAAUGGCGUCUUUCAACUUUAACCGAUGUAGAGGAAGUGAAGCUAGUAAUCAGAAUGCUACCAAUUUGGGCCACGUCGAUAUUGUUUUGGACAGUUUAUGCCCAAAUGACUACAUUCUCAGUAUCACAAGCUACUACAAUGAAUAGACACAUUGGCAAGUCUUUCCAAAUCCCAGCGGCUUCCCUUACCGUUUUCUUUGUUGGAAGCAUUCUGUUGACCGUUCCAAUCUACGACAGGAUCAUAGCCCCAAUCGCUAAACGGUUCCUCAAACACCCACAAGGGGUAAGCCCUCUCCAACGUGUAGGAGUAGGAUUAGUCCUAUCCAUAUUCGCCAUGGUUGCUGCUGCCCUGACCGAGAUCAAGAGACUAAACGUUGCUCGUUCACAUGGUUUAGUAGAUAAUUCCUCUGCUGUGGUCCCCUUAUCGGUCUUUUGGUUAAUCCCACAGUUUUUGUUAGUGGGGUCCGGUGAAGCGUUCACUUACAUGGGACAACUUGAUUUCUUCUUAAGGGAGUGCCCGAAAGGAAUGAAAACGAUGAGCACUGGAUUGUUUCUGAGCACGUUGUCAUUGGGUUUCUUUUUUAGCUCCCUUUUAGUGACAAUAGUGCACAAGAUUACAGGGGACAAGAAGCCAUGGUUAGCCGAUAACUUGAACCAAGGGAAGCUUUACAACUUCUAUUGGUUACUUGCCAUUUUAAGUGUUUUGAACUUGGGUCUAUUUCUAGUGGCGGCAAGAUGGUACGUCUACAAGGAGCAUAGGCUUGCUGCGGAAGGGAUUGAGUUGGAAGAAGAUGACUUUGUAGGCCAUGCAUAAUUAAACUUGGAGUUCUUUUUGUUUAGUAGAUUUCCCCUUUGAUCAUGCAAAAGUCUGAUGCUUUUUUCUUCCCUUUUGUUGCUAUAUAUAUGCCAUGUUUCCUUCUAACUUUUUUGUGGAAAAAGAUAAUAAUCAUAAACAAAAAUGGAAAUGUAAAAAAGUAGGCCAUUUUUUGUUGUUUAAAUGAAAAGGAGUUUUGAUGAAUAA